CGGGCGCGGGCGGUCUGGGACACGCGUGGGACCGCCCGGCGCCGCGGGCAUGGACGGCGCCACCUUCGCGCUGGACAAGCCGGGGCCGGGGGACUGCGGCCCGGCGCGCACCAACUUCUCGGUGAGCCACCUCCUGGACCUGGAGGACGCGGCGGCCGGGCGGCUGGAGGCGCGGCCCGGGGCCGGGGCCGGGGCCGGGGCCGAAGGGCGGGAGCCGUCUGGGGGCAGCAGCGGCAGUGAGGCGGCGCCGCAGGACGGUGAGUGUCCCAGCCCUGGCCGAGGUGGCGCCAAGAGGAAGAAGAAGCAGCGGCGGAACCGCACCACGUUCAACAGCAGCCAGCUGCAGGCGCUGGAGCGAGUGUUCGAGCGCACGCACUACCCCGACGCCUUCGUGCGUGAGGAGCUGGCGCGGCGCGUGAACCUCAGCGAGGCGCGCGUGCAGGUCUGGUUCCAGAAUCGCCGCGCCAAGUUCCGUCGCAACGAGCGGGCCCUGUUGGCCACGCGCUCGGCCUCGCUGCUCAAGUCCUACAGCCAGGAGGCCGCGGUGGAGCAGCCCGUGGCGCCCCGGCCUACCGCGCUGGGCCCCGACUACCUGUCCUGGCCGGCGGCGUCGCCCUACAGUCUUGCAGGAGGGAGGCAGGGCCCGAGCCGUCCAUGCCACACCCACGUGUCCUGUCUCCUGUCACCCAGCUCCGUGCCCCCCUACAGCCCAGGGGGCUCAGGCCCUGCGACCCCGGGGGUCAACAUGGCCAACAGCAUUGCCAGCCUCCGCCUCAAGGCCAAGGAGUUCAGCCUGCACCACAGCCAGGUGCCCACAGUGAACUGAGCGGCCGGGACCCCUGCUGCCCGCUCCCACGGUGAGGACCGGAAGGGGCGCGGGAGGAGACCCCGUCCCUGUCCCCGAGAGGCUACUCGACCGUGCCAGCCCCCAGCGCAGCCGGACUCCUGCACCGAAAGGCCGAGGGGACACCCAGGGGCACUCAGCGCCUUGUCCCCAGGGGCCAGGGGAGCUGCCGCCGGGGCUGGCAGACAGCGGGGUGGAGCCGGCCAAGGACUCCCUCACUGUGUAUGAAACCAAAAAGCUCUGCCUUUCAGAAAUAAAACCAUUUUUUAAAAAGCC